UUCUUCUGGCGGGGUCAGUCAUCGGCACCAAAGUGAAAGUAGAGACCAGAGAAGGAGAUAGAGAAAGAGAAUGGCAAGGCAAAAGGCAAUGUUGAAUUCAAGAAGCCAAGGUGUGGAGCAGAAAUGGGUGUGCAUUCUGCUUGUGCUGAUGUCUGCUUCAGCUGCUUCAUCUCAGCACAUAGUGGAGACACUUCCUGGGUUUCCUGGUAGACUUCCUUUCAAGCUUGAAACCGGGUACAUAAGUGUAGGCGAGAUCGAGUUCUUCUACUACUUUGUGCAGUCUACGGGGAAUCCUAGAGCUGAUCCUCUUAUCCUUUUCAUGAACGGAGGUCCUGGGUGUUCGGGUUUGAAUGCCUUCUUGUACCAGAUCGGUCCGCUUAAAUUCAACGUCACCGAUUACACCGGGGGUUUGCCGUCAUUACUCUACGAGCCAGAUGCGUGGACUGAGACAGCCAACAUUAUAUUCAUUGAUGCACCAGUCGGCGCGGGUUUCUCCUAUGCGACAUCCACGUCGAGUACAAUUCCCACAGACACAUUGAAUUCUGCACAGAUGCAGGCCUUCUUGAGAAAUUGGUUGGUAGCUCAUCCAAGUUUCGAAACCAAUCCGGUGUUUGUUGGUAGCGAUUCUUAUGCCGGUUUAUAUCCUCCAAUGGUUGCUAUGGCGAUUCUACAAGGGAAUGAAGCUGGACUUAAACCAUAUGUCCACCUCAAGGGGAUGAUACUAUCAUGUCCCCACACGAACACCGAUCUUGAAACAAACGCAAGAAUUCCGUUUGCACAUAGGUUGGCCCUCAUUUCAGAUGCACUUUAUAAGUCUUUAGAAGUAAAUUGUGGUGGGAAUUUUGUGGAUUCGACAAACGCGAACUGCACAAAGGAUCUAGCAACGUACAACAAGCUAAUUGAAUUGAUCAACGAAACAAAUGUUCUUGACCCUGUUUGUACUUUCAUUUCACCAAAAUCGAAAGAAGCUUUCAAAUUGGCAACACCAAACCAAGAGGAGCACAGGAGGUCCCUCCAAGAUUCCAGCAAGGAUUAUCUCGUGUCCCUACGGAGACCUCGCGAUCUUUGGUGCAAGUAUUUCGAUUAUCUACUUGUCGAUAUGUGGGGUAAUUAUCCAGGCGUACAAGAAGCUCUUCAUGUUCGAGCUGGAACUGUCAGCGAAUUUUUCAGGUGUAACAUUUCCUUAGCCUACAGUGAAGAUAUCACCAAUGUUCUCGAUUAUCAUAAGAAUCUCACCCGUCUGGGCAUGCAAGUUCUAGUUUUCAGUGGUGAUCACGACAUGCUUAUGCCGCAUAACGGUAUCGAGAAGUGGAUAAAAUGGCUUGAUUUGACAGUGGAUACAGAUUGGAGACCGUGGUUUGUAGAUGGCCAAGUUGCUGGGUACACGAGGAAGUAUCAAGAGGGCGCAUAUCGAUUGACUUAUGCAACAUUAAAGGGAGCUGGUCACUCGCCUCCAGAAUACAAACGCAGAGAAUGCUACAAGAUGUUUCGUAGGUGGAUUCAUUACUAUCCUCUGUAGAACGUUGUGAGAUGUUUCCUAGAUGGAUGCAUUACCGUCCUCUGUAGAUCUACGAGUUCAGUUGCUGGUGAUGGAAUAAACUUAUCGUGAUUCAUGUGAUCA